CGGACAUGCUUGCUUUGACAUAGUAGCCGCGGCGGCCGGCCGGCCGGCCGGCGGGACAGAGAUACAUAUAUGUAUAUAUACAUACAUAUAUAUAUAUAUACACCCAGUGAUCUCUGCGGCCAUUAAUCGCAGUGGUGAUUAUCACCUAAUAGUAGCAGAGUAGAACGAAGAAGAUGGCUGACUGGGGCCCGGUGCUGAUCGCGGUGCUCUUCUUCGUGCUGCUCACGCCAGGGCUGCUGUGCCAGAUCCCCGGCGGCAACAGGGGCAUCCCGGAGUUCCACAGCAUGCGCACCAGCGGCAUGGCCAUCUUCGUCCACACCCUCCUCUUCUUCGGCUUCUGCGCCAUCUUCAUGAUCGCCGUCGGGGUCCACCUCUACGCCGACUAAGCCAGCCAGCUCGUACCUGCUAGGGUCGUAUAGUCCAAGGGACGACGAGCCGGUCCUUCACCUCGCCGUCGCCGGCCACCAACUGUCGGUUGCAGGGCAGCAGCUGAUGGAGUGCUCGUUUGGUUCAUCCCAUGCCUUCUUUUCUUUUCUUUUCUUUUUUGGUUUGCCUCAACAUUUUUGCACGCCGAGUUCUAGCUACUAGAACCACUAUGAUGAAUGAUUGAAUGAACUCCUACUAGCAAACAUUUCUUCCUGGAGUAAGCGUGGUGAAUGCCAACUUUCGUGGCUGCUGCUUCUCUUCCAAGUUUUUCUUUC